CAAGUCUUCGUCACCCCUGACGUAAUGAGUACGACGGAGAAGAACUGCACGAUCCUGCUCUUCUCGGGCGUGGAGAAGGGCGGGCUCCAGCCGCCGAGCCAGGACGAGAUCCUCAAGGGCCUCGAGAGCCCCAAGAUGGAGGAGAAGGUCCGCGCGCUCAAGGCGGCGAUCCUCGCGCUCCUCAACGGCGAGAAGCUGCCGCGCGUCCUCAUGCAGAUCAUCCGCUUCUGCUCCACGAAGGAGGACCACCAGCUCAAGAAGCUCCUCAUGGUCUACUGGGAGAUCGCGUCCAAGUACGACGAGGCCGGGAAGCUCCUGCCCGAGAUGAUCCUUGUCUGCAACGCGCUCCUCAACGACCUCAACCACGCCAACGAGUACAUCCGCGGCUCAAUGCUGCGCUUCCUCUGCAAGAUCAAGGAGCGCGAGCUCCUCGAGCCGCUCAAAGACGCCGUCAAGGCCAACCUCGACCACCGCCACGCGUACGUGCGCAAGAACGCUGUCAUGACGGUCUACUCGAUGUACAAGAACUUUGGCGAGCUCCUCAUCCCCGACGCGCCCGAGCUCAUCGAGCGCUUUAUCGUCAACGAGUCGGACGCGAGCGCGCGCCGCAACGCCUUCCUCAUGCUCUUUGACUGCGCCGAGAACGUGGCUGUCAACUUUCUCAUGACCUCGAUGGACCAGAUCCAAAAGUUUGGCGACGGCUUCUCGCUCGUGAUCCUCGAGCUCACGCGCAAGGUCUGCCGGGCCGACCCUGCCCAGAAGGCGCGCUUCGUGCGCUGCAUCUUCCAGCUCCUCCAGUCGUCGUCGGCGGCCGUCAGCUACGAAGCCGCGUGGACGCUCGUGACGCUGAGUUCGGCGCCGACGGCCGUGCGCGCCGCGGCCAAGACGUACGCGGGCCUCCUCAACAGCCAGAGCGACAACAACGUCAAGCUGAUCGUGCUCGACCGGCUCGCGGAUCUGAAGAAGCACCACACAAAGAUCCUCCAGGAAGUGCUCAUGGACGUCAUGCGCGCGCUGAGCUCGCCCAACCUCGACAUUUGCAAAAAAGUGCUUGAGAUCGCCAUGAGCCUCGUGAGCCCGCGCAACAUUGAAGAGGUCAUUGGGCACCUCAAGCGCGAGAUCCUCAAGACGCAGGAGAAGGGCCGCAUGGAGAAGGCGCAGUGCGACGAGUACCGCGCGCUCCUCAUCAAGUCGAUCAACAACUGCGCGGUCAAGUUCCCCGACAUUGCGCACCAGGUCGUCCACCUCUUGCUCGAGUUUGUCGGCACGGACGGCGCCAUGGACGUCCUCCUCUUUGUCCGCACCAUGUGCGAGUCGUACCCGGAUUUGCGCGCGAGCAUCCUCCAGAAGCUCCUCAUCUCGUUCCCGGACAUCCAGUCGGCCAAGGUCUACCGCGUUGCGCUCUGGGUACUCGGCGAGUACGCGAGCGACGACCUCGGGGCGUCGGAGACCUCGAUCGACGGCGUCUUCCAAGCGAUCCUCGCGGCCCUUGGAUCCCUCCCGCUCAACGCGGCAACGCCCGUGCAAGACGCGGCCAAGGUCGACCCCGUCGCAGCCACGGUCAAGCCCACGACCAAGAGCAUCGUCUUGGCCGACGGCACGUAUGCGACCGAGACGUCGUACGCGGCGCCGGCGGCCGUCGACGCGGCCGGGCCCGUGCUCAUGCUCCGCAAGCUCGUGCUCAACGGCGACUUUUUCCUGGCCUCGACGCUGGCGUCCACGCUGACCAAGCUCGUCGCGCGCGCGAUCGCCAAGGACGCGUCGGCCGCCGAGGACGGCAUUGUGAAGGCCAUGACGGUCGACGCGCUCCGGUACAUCGUCGCCGUCGUCGUCUACGGCCUCGACCACUGCCGGUCGGCCAAGAACGGCAAAAUCGAGCUCGACGAAGACUCGCGCCGGCGCAUGCUGCUGUGCGUGCGCAUCCUCUCGGACCCUGCGGCGUUUGAAGCGCUGCAUGGCGUGCUCAUCCGCGACUGCCGCGCGUCGUACCAAGCCGUGUUGGAAGCGCUCAAGGCGCAGACGGCGGCGGACCUCGCCAAGGUCGCGUCGGACGAGCCGGCGACGCUGCAGGCCGACGACCUCAUUAGCUUUCGCCAGCUGCGCGGCAAGAAGGCGCUCGGAUCGACGGACAUUGAUAUUGACGACGGCGCCGACAUUGGGCGCGCGGUGGCGACGAACGAGUACAGCGGGAAGCUCCGCGCCGUGCACCAGCUCACGGGCUUUGCCGACUCGGUGUACGCCGAGGCGUACGUGACGGUGCACGACUAUGAUAUCGUGCUCGAGAUCCUCGUCAUCAACCGGACGCCGACAACGCUCAACAACCUGAGCGUCGACUUGACGCCGAUGGGCGACCUCAAGCUCAUCGAGCGCCCGGCGUCCGUGACGAUCGGGCCGCUGGACACGCGCACGAUCCGCGCCAACAUCAAGGUGUCGUCGACCGAGACGGGCCAUAUCUUUGGCACGAUCGUGUACGAGAGCGCGUCGGGCGCCGACAAGACGUACGUGAACCUCAACGACAUCCACCUCGACAUCAUGGAUUACAUCGUGCCGGCCUCGUGCGCCGACACGGCGUUCCGGUCGAUGUGGGCCGAGUUUGAGUGGGAGAACAAGGUGGCUGUCAACACGGACAUCACCAACGUCUUUGCGUUCCUCCAGCACAUUACGGACAAGACCAACAUGCGCUGCAUGACGCCGACGGCGUCGCUCGGCGGCGACACGAACUUUCUCGCGGCCAAUCUGUACGCCAAGAGCAUCUUUGGCGAAGACGCGCUCGCCAACCUCAGCGUCGAGAAGCUCGAGAAGGGCAAGAUCACGGGUCACAUUCGCAUCCGAAGCAAGACGCAGGGCAUCGCGCUGAGCCUCGGCGACCGCAUCACGGCCGUCCAGCGCGGCCAGGACGACCCGAACAAGCGAAAGAAGGUUGUUGGGUAGGCGCGCGACGGAGCCCGUGCUACUACAUGACCCUUCCUCCUCCUCUUGCGUGGCUUAUACUAAUCAAAUCAACACGGACCCUGAGCGAUCAGCGCCCGCAA